CAGCUUCCCUUUUCCGCAGCUUCAAGCAAGUUAGCCACCGACGUAGCCUUCUUAUUGACCAUCACACCGCAUUGCCCUGCGGCUCAAUUGAGGAAUAAUGUACGAGCAAUAUGCAGAAACCAUAGAUAGGGCUUACGCAACCUCCUUGACUACAUUCGGGCAAGAGCCGCACUGAUAGUAUCUAUCGGAGUUCGAUUUAGGCAGACAAAUAAACGGAUGAUGCGAUAUUGAUAGUGAAUAGCCCUACCCCGAUCAAAACCACCACGGUCCGUGGCACCCCCUCACAUCACUUCUCUCGAGAUAGAGUCACGCUGUAUCUAUCGUAGCUCAAUAUCUUAACGUACCUAAGCUAUUAAUAAAUCAAUUGAUCAUUACUUGGCGUCGUUGCGGUAAGACACACGCGAUCGUUUCGAGUUGUACCAAAAACGGGCUUGGCGAUAGUUUCACUUGUCCUGCCAAGAGUGUUUCAACUAAUUGAAACCAUGCCUCACCCUCACUCCGACAACAUGUACUCGAGGGACGACGGUUCGGAAUCAGAUGGCGAGAAUUAUGCCGAUCAGCUAUCGCCCUUGGAUGGCUAUUUCGCCUCCUCGUCCUCCUCGUCCCGUGAAAUACCAAACGUGCCAAACAUAAUCGUCCCCGACCCCACACUACAGCAAACGUCAGAGUCAGGUUCUGAAUCGAAAGCUCCAGCUCCAGCUCCAGCUCCAGCUCCAGCUCAGAGGCCGAAGGAGGAAAGAAUCCGAUCGAACACUCAGAGGACUAGAGAAUACUGCUUUCACCCUCCUAUUGGACUAGGCAACAACGAAGAGUUCAUCAGUCUAUCAGAGCAGCGCGCUGGUACUCCGGUCACAUCGAGCCAAAGACAACACAAUCCCACGUCUGCGCAUACGUACUCGCCAUUGUUAGCGUCCCACAUACAUACCCGAUCAUACACAACAAGAAGCAGGACUCCUUCUAUAUAUUCAGACGCUCCGCCGGCGUACUCGCCUGAGCCAUCUCCGGUUGCACCUAUUAAUCAGCAAACGCAAUCAAGGAAUUAUAAUACAAUCACCUCUGCCAUGGGUGUAUCGGAUGUUGUCGAGAAUGAAAGGCUACUCGGGAGAGGUCCCGAGAGUAUGGGCCAACCCCAAGACGUCGAAGCUGGAUAUUCGUCACAUUGGAUGAAAACAGCCCGAAGGCGACUGCCUACGUGGCUCAACUGCCGGGUCUGUACUCUAGCUCUGAUUGUACUGGUCGUUUCCAUCGGGUUUCUAGCCGGCUCCCUAAGAAUAUUUAAAGUAGAAGACGAUCAUAGAAAAACUAUUGGAGCGCAGCCCAUCAAGCAGAACCCACCAGAUUCGGCCAAGGAACCCGUAACGGAGCCCGGAACGGAUAUGCCUGGAGUCGCAGCCCCUUUCGCGCCGACGUACUGCGAAAACGCGCAGUACCGCUUCGAGGACCAAGUCCUGGCCCUCGACUUCGGAAGUAACCGCAACGUCACAUUCAUAGAAGACCAGCACGCGCACUCCGGGACAAGCCAAGUGCGCGUCGCCGGGCAGAUCAACGUGCGCCGCCUAGACAGCGGCGGCGGCAGCCCGCGUCUCGUGCUGGAGAUCGCGACGAACGACAAAGACAUCCUGCUCGACGUGUACGCCGACGCGGAAGCGCAAGCGCUGAAGGUCAGCGUGCCGAAGAAAUACGACGUGCCCGACCCGCGCAACUGGCCGUGCGUCGAGAUCCGCGCGACGCUCUGGGUGCCCCGGGACGCGGCGCUAGGCGUGCUGAGCCUGAGCGCCGUGCACCUCGACAUCCUGCUGCUCGACGACCUCGCGCUGCGCGUCGUGGACUACUCCCGGCUCGACUCCGUGAUCGGGAGUAUUAGCUCCGGCGCAGAUAGGCCUCUCUCGUACAACAACAAUUCUGCGCACUUCGCGCAGAUGGCGCCGGACUUCACAUACGUGCCUGUGAGAGACACAUACGUAUUCGACUCGCGCGUGAUCGAAGUAACUACGACGUCCGGCCGCAUCGACGGCAACUGGCCCCUGUACGAUAUGCUCGGUCUGCACACGACGUCCGGCGACAUCGGGGUCUCGAUCACCCCGCAAGCCGAGCUCGCGUCGGAUCCGAAACCGGGCGUGCUAUCGCUAAGCUCGAUCUCGGGCGCCGUUAGGGCCACCGAGCCCGUCCACAUGGCGGCGGGGACGGCGGGUGGGGGAGGUGGCAUACCGCUUCGAGACUACCUAGUCGACGUGAAAUCCACAUCGGGCGGGAUCCGCGGCGCGUUCGCGUUCGGCGCCGGCGUCGAGAUCAAGAGUACGGCUAGCGACGUCGCUUUGGACCUCUUGCCCGUCAUGCGCGCGGAUCGCGUGUCCGCUAUCCAGCCCGCGCAGCUCGAGACCGCGACGACGAGUGGGACGACCGCGGUCCGCGUUCUCGAGCCACUCUGGUUCGACUCGAACGGCACGGCUGUGGUAAACGCGGGAAGGCCGCUGGAUUGCUUGCAGGCGCUGCAUAAAUCGACGAGUGGGAAUAUCGGGCUCAGGUACCCGCAGGCGUGGGAGGGCGAUUUGUAUGCGGAGACUACGGCGGGCCAGCUUAAGGUUAGGGGCAAGGAUGUUAGGGUUGUUAGGUCGGUUGGCGGGUGGCCUGGGUCGAAGGUGGAGGCGCAGAAGGGGCCUGGCGGGCCUGGGUCGACGGUAAGGGUUCAUGCGCUUAUGGGGAAUAUGGAUGCUGUUAUUGGGAGGGAAUAAUGGGCGAGUGUGUGUGUUUGUGGGAUGUGUGUGUGAAUACCUAACCCUUGAAAAAGGGAAUUGGUAUCAUGAAUAAUGGGAGAUAAUACGGUGUGCUGGGGCUGCUGGAUUAUGAGAAUACCCUCGCGUUCGUUGACUGAAGUCGUUUUCGAGAUGGGAUUACGGCGUUAUGGAGAUUCACUUGCAUAUGUUCGGUGUUGGUGCGUUUCCUUAAGUAUGAACAACUAUCUAGGUUUAUUUUUAAAUAAAAAUAUCAACCAGACA